UAGUAGUAGCAAAAUGGCUUCACCGUAUUUGGAGAAUCCUGUAGACAUCGGAGCCCAAAUUGUACAAAGGGCUUUACGCAGGGAAAGAGUUAUAAGAGAUAAACAAAACCCACUGGCAUUCUCUGAUGAGCACUUAUACGAGAGAUACAGGUUUUCGUCGGGGGGAAUGUUAUAUCUUUGUCGGCUUCUUGAGCCCCAUAUUAAAAACCCGACGCGGCGAAGCCACGCGACCACUGUCCCGCAAAUGAUUUGUAUCGCUUUGCGUUUCUUCGCAAGUGGCACAUACCUGUAUGAGGUGGGCGAUGCCGAGAAGCUCAGCAAAAACACAGUUUGCCGAACUAUUCGUAGGGUGGUUAUCGCACUCCAGAGAUACAUAAACACUUUCAUUGCGUUCCCUGGACAUUUACCCACCGUGGCCAUAAAAGACGGCUUCUCUAAAAUAGCUGGAUUCCCUAGAGUUAUUGGAGCAAUAGAUUGCAUGCACAUUCCAAUCUCUACACCAACAAAACAAAUUGAGGCUGAUUAUCUUAACAGAAACGCUACUCAUAGCCUCAACGUUCAGAUAACUUGUGACCAUCAGUGUAUGAUCACAAGUCUGGAUGCCAGAUGGCCUGGCUCUAUGCUGGACACCCAAAUUUUCGAGAAGUCCUUAAGUCUUUCUUCUUGUUCCAUCAAUUAA